AUGAUUGUGGACUACAGGAAAAAGAGGACCGAGCACGCCCGCGUUUUCAUCGACGGGGCUGCAGAGGGGGCAGGUGACCACUACAUUCUUAACUGCGGCAAGUUCUGGAUUACCAACGGGCCGGAUGCUGACGUUCUCAUUGUGUACGCUAAGACGGACCCAGAGGCUCACCAAAAGGGUAUCUCAGCUUUCAUUGUGGAGAAGGAUACGCCAGGGUUUAGCAUGGCACAGAAGCAGGAUAAACUGGGCAUGAGGGGCUCCAACACCUGUGAACUUAUCUUUGAGGACUGCAAAAUUCCAGAGGAAAAUAUCUUCAGCCCUUUCAACAAGGGUGUCUAUGUAAUGAUGAGUGGACUCGACCUGGUGAGACUUGUGCUCGCAUCAGGACCUAUCAGCAUUAUGCAAGCUGUGAUGGAUUUUGCCGUUCCCUACCAGCACAUAAGAGAAUCUUUUGGACAGAAGAUUGAACACUUCCAGUUGAUGCAAGCAAAGAUGGCUGAAAUGUAUACACGCCUGGGCACGUGUCGACCGUAUUUGUAUAACGUGGCAAGACCCUGUGACAAUGGACACUUCAGUUCCAUGGACUGUGCUGGGGUCAUCCUUUAUUGCGCUGAGAAUGCAACUCAAGUCGCUCUGGAUGGAAUUCAGUGCCUGGGUGGAAAUGGCUACAUUAAUGAUUACCACAUGGGUCGUUUCCUGAGAGACGCCAAGCUGUAUGAGAUUGGAGCAGGCACCAGCAAGGUGCGCAGGUUCAUCAUUGGUCAAGCAUUUAACGCCAUGUACAAGUAG